AUGGAGGCUGAGGAGCCUCACCGCGGAGCCUCCACCUCUGUCUCUGCCAUGGCGGAGUUCAUUGUCCACCCUGCCGUGCUCGUGAGGAGCGAUCAGCUGCCCGCCUUGGGGCCCACGGCUCAAGAAGGCCGGGACCCGGCCCACGAGUGGGCCGAGGGCUGCCGACAGCUGGCGACUCCGCAGAGGGCUCCCUUCCUGGACACGCGGGGCCCGGCCCCUACGAGUGUGUCCCCUGUCCCCGUGGAUGCCUCUGCCGAGGCGAACGGCCAGGAAGACCCCGUGGCUGAGGCCUGCACCGCUGCAGCGUGUCCAGCCGGCGGACAGGCAAGGACAGCAGCUUCCCAGCACAGAUCAGAAGACGCCCCGAUAUCCAGCGAACUGCGCAGCCAAGUGGAGUCUAGAUCUGAGCUCACCACUCGGACUUGGGGACCUGGACACGCGAGCCAGGUAGAGGAGAGUUCUCCAGCCACGUCUGCCCAGACCAGGCUUGGGCUUUCCUGUGAAGAGCACCCUGCCGUGACCAGCUCGCCCAGGGGCGCCCCACGUGGAUGUGUGGGGCCAGGGGAGGCGGCACAAGAGAGUCAGAGGCAAGAGGAGCUCAUGGAUCCCUGGGAGCCCCGGUGGCCGCAGGAACAGGGACCCGCAGAGCCUCAGGGGGAGAGAGCUGCGGGGGCAGGGGUGGACUCAGAUGGGCAUCUAGGGGGGCAAGAGCGGCCCAGUGACCGAGGGGGCGACCCGGGGCAGAGGUGGAGGCAGGUAGGACAAGGUGAGGUGAUGCUCGUAGAACAAGCACAACGGGAGAAGCUGGUGGGGGAGCUGGGAGGCCUGGAUCUGGGGGGGUCAGCCCACGGGGGCGUGGCGAGGAGCACCCAGGGCCAGGGAGAAGUGGAGGUGGGGGAGCAGAGGACAGGCAUCUGGAGGAGCCUGGAGGAGAGCAGGGUGUGUGCUCAGCAAGAGGAGGUUGAAAGCUCAGUGCGGAAGCCAGAGAAAGGAACUGGGGGGCCAGAAGAAGGGGGUCAGCGAGGGGGAGAGGGAGCAGUGGAGGGGCCAGAGGAGGUGAGGUGGACUCAGGAGGGACCUGACGAUGGGCUUGGGGGUGCCCUGCAGGGGGUGGACGGAGGAAGGGGUGCCGGAGAGGGGGGCGAGCAGGGCGGCCCUUCCGCACCGGCUUCAGGGGCCCCUGCGGUCCCUCCUCCCUGCGAUGCCAGUGUCCCGGUGAGCAGGGAACCCAGGACUCAGUGUCGGGCUGGGCAGCGGUCCCCAGGGGCUCUGCCUUCUGCACUGGAGCCAAUGAGGUGGUCCUGGCCCGCGUCUUUGGCCAGUUCCUUCCCUGCUGGGGGGUCACCUGGCUGGGAAACUAUGUGGGACAGCCAGCCAGGGGGGUCCGAGCUGGGGAAGUGGACCGAUGUGGUCCUCACAGGUACAGCCGUCACCCCUCCGCGGACCCCAGAUUCGCCUCCUUCCAGCCCCGCCGACGUCUUGCCUGGCGCGUCUGCCAGCCCCCCGGCUGCUGUUGCAGUAUCUCUCGACACUGUGCAUUCUCCAGAGACCUCCAGCGCCUCUCUGGGGCCCCCUGCCCUGCUCCAUGGCUCCCCCCCUGCAGAGGCCCCCCUGGACCCGUACGCCAGCGCCCCCUGGCCCAGCUGCCCAGGGCCCGGCCCGCACCUGCGGAGCAACUCCUUCCCCGGCCCUCACAGGACUGGGCUGACGCCUGGCCUGGCGGGAACCUCCCUGUCCGUCUCCCAUUCCGAGCUGCCCCGGGGGCAGCCCCCCCAGAAAGACUGCAGCUUCAUUCUCCAGCCCCACCGUUUGCUCUCCACUCCGGAGCAGGAUUCCCCAGACUGCGCCUCAAUUCCGGACAGAGCCAGGCAUGUCCCCGGCAGCCAGUGCUGCAGCCCCCCACAGAGUGAAGCCUUUGCACCCAGUUCUCCUGCCUGUGCCUCGUCCCCCCACCGCGUCUCUGCAGACUCGAGGCCCUGCGAACCUCUGCUGCCCCCUCCCCUGGAGAAGAGGCAGGCGCACCCCUCCUCUGUGGAGAGAGACGGACAUUUCUGCACAGCGGACCCCAAGCCGAAGCACCUUCCUCCUCCCUUGACCCUGGGUCCGGAGCUCAACGGCCCUGGAUCUGGGGCUCAGCAGCCGCAGCACCCUUAUGUUCCCAGCCCCCAGGUGGCAAGGCAGUUCCGACCUCUGCCCUGCACCCCCGAUGUCCCCCGCCGCUCCCAGACCUCUGCCUCCCCCAGGCAGUCCUACAACAAGCCGCUGCCCCCCACUCCUGACUGCUCGCAGCCUCACUGUUCCCCGUCUUCCAGCAGCCCGAGGACCUACAAGCCGCUGCCCCCCAUCCCCAUCACGGACCCUUUCUCCGAGCCGCCCCCGUUGCCCCCGAAGACCAGGGGCAGGAGCCAGAGCGUUCAGGGAGGACUCAGCGAUUCAGGGAGUCGAGCCAGGCCUUGGCCUGUGUGUCAGGAGUGGACAGUCCCUGCCCCCGCCUUGGCUGGACGCACGUCCUGGCCCCCGGCCUCGGGCAGGUCCACAGACGCUUUGGGCUCCGCCAGCGCGAGUCAGAGUGCGGUGACAGCUGGCCUGGCUUUCAGCAACAUGAGCAGCCUCGUGAGUCCCUCUUCCCCCACCUCCCCCUGGACUGGGGAGCUUCAGGGGCCUGCGUGGGACCCGGGGCCGCCAGAGGAGCUGAAGACCCCCGCCAUGGCGUCUCUGAGAACAGCCCCCCCGGGAGGCACCAACGGCCUGAGGAGGACAAGUCAAGACCUAGCGAGGCCUCCGGAAAAGCCCGGUCACCCCCACCUGGAGAAGGCGUCCAGCUGGCCCCACAGGCGGGAGCCGGGCAGGGCACGGGAGCCCGGCAGGGGUCAGCCCACCGCCCCCAGCGAGGGGUCCAGCAGGAACAAGGGCUGGAACCGGCAGGGCCUCCGCAGGCCGUCCAUCUUGCCCGAGGGCGCUUCAGGACCCGCCACGGAGAAACCCUCUGGCUCUCCCGACACCCUCGUCCUCCGGGAGAAAAAGCCCAAGGAGGCGAAGCCUGGCUUUUCCAGACACUCGAGGCUCAUCAACUCCUCCCAGCUGCUCUACCAGGAGUACAGCGACGUGUUUCUCAACAAGGCGAUUCAGAGCCAGAAGCGACUGGACAGCAUAGCGGAGACCCCGGGGCCCGCCUCCCCCCGGCACCCCCGGAAGGCCCUGGUGUCCUCCCUGUCCAUGGCGUCCAGCGUCUCCCUGUGGCAGGAGAUCCCCGUGGUGCGCAACAGUGCCAUGCUGCACUCCAUGACCCAUGGGGACCAGAAGCUGCAGGAGGCCAAGUUCGAGCUGAUCGUGUCCGAGGCCUCUUACCUGCGCAGCCUGCACAUCGCCGUAGACCACUUCCAGCAGUCCGCCCAGCUCCGGGCCACCAUGCUCGCCCAGGAACACCAGUGGCUCUUCUCUCGCCUGCAGGACGUGUGUGACGUCAGCGCCGCGUUCCUCUCAGACCUGGAAGAGAACUUCGAGAGCAACAUCUUCACCUUCCAAGUGUGUGAUGUCGUCCUCAACCACGCCCCCAACUUCCGCAGGGUCUACCAGCCCUACGUCACCAACCAGACCUACCAGGAACGCACCUUCCAGAAACUGCUGGCUAACAACAGCAGCUUCCGAGAGGUCCUGGAGAAGCUGGAGAGCGACCCCGUGUGCCAGCGCCUCUCGCUCAAGUCCUUCCUGAUUCUGCCCUUCCAGCGCAUCACCCGGCUCAAACUGCUGCUCCAGAACAUUCUGAAGAGAACGCAGCCUGGGUCUUCAGAGGAAGCAGAGGCCAUGAAGGCACACCACGCCCUGGAGGAGCUGAUCCGCGACUGCAACGACAGCGUCUACAAGAUGCGCCGGACGGAAGAGCUGAUCUACCUCAGCCAGAAGAUUGAGUUUGAGUGCAAGAUAUUCCCGCUGAUCUCUCAGUCGCGCUGGCUGGUGAAGAGCGGGGAGGUGACCGCCCUCGAGUUCAGCGUCUCCCCAGCACUGCGGAGGAAACUCAACACGCGCCCGAUCCACCUGCACCUGUUCAACGACUACCUGCUGCUGUCUCGGCCCCGAGAGAAUAACCGCUUCCUGGUGUUUGACCACGCCCCGUUCUCCUCGGUCCGCGGAGAGAAGUGUGAGAUGAAGCUGCACGGGGCGCACAAGAACCUCUUCCGACUCUUCCUGCAGCACAGCGCGCAGCGCUCCCAGUCCGAGUUCCUCUUCAGCACCGAGACUCAAAGUGAGAAGCUUCGCUGGAUCUCGGCCUUGGCCAUGCCACGAGAAGAACUGGACCUUCUAGAGUGUUACGACUGCCCCCAGGUACAGUGCCUUCGAGCCUACAAGCCCCGUGAGAACGAUGAGCUGGCACUGGAGAAGGCGGAUGUGGUCAUGGUGAUUCAGCAAAGCAGCGAUGGUUGGCUGGAGGGCGUGAGACUCUCAGAUUGGGAGCGAGGCUGGUUUCCUACGCAUCACGUAGAGUCAAUUUCCAACCCAGAGGUCUGUGCUCAGAACCUGAAGGAAGCCCAGCGAGUCAAGACUGCCAAGCUACAGCUGGUGGGACAGCAGACCUAGCUGGACACUGGGAAGAAUCUCCUGAGCUGAAGGACAGAUGUUUCUAGAGAGGACUGGCCUCAGAAUCCUGCAACAGAGACCUUCUGUAGACCAAACCUGGACCUUCUGAAGUCUAAGGGCAAAACUCAGCUCCCAGUCACUACUGCAGGCCUUUCUCUACCUGAGCUUGGUGGGGGGAUUCUGAGAGACUUUACACUGGACUCUGAGAAACUUUCGCAGAAGAAAAUGGACCUAAGUAGGGUCUAAGUCAAGGAACUUUACUUCUACUAUCAUAUAGUAUUUACAUCCUCUACUUCUAGAGUGCAGAUUCAGAGCCGACCAGAACUGCCAUCAUGGCCAUAAGGUAAACAGAAUCUGACCUCAGCCCACUAGAAUUGUUUAGGGGGGGGGGUUUAACACAACGGAUGGGAGGGUCAGCUUUGGUGACCUCUAACUUACCUCCAGCCCUGGAGAUUUUCCGUAACUACUGGUGUGAGGUCAGUGCAUGUGCGUCUCUGGGAUCUAUGUCUGUUGGUGGCAUGUGAGAACAUCACAUUCUCACACUAAUAAACUUGGCACUUCAAGUGUUUUCU